GCUAUUGAUCAAUCGAGACAAUUAAUAUCACAAAUUAAAGAAGAAAGUGGUUCACCUGGUAUUUCCAUUGCAGUCAGUUGCAACGGCAAAAUGAUGUGGAGUGAAGGCUUUGGUGUUAGCGAUAUUGAAAAUGCGGUUCCUUGUACUCCUCAAACUGUCAUGAGGAUCGCCAGUAUUAGCAAGCCAAUUAGUGCAGCAAUCAUUGCAAAAUUAUGGGAAGACGGAAAGCUAGAUCUAGACGCGCCAAUUAGUAAAUAUGUUAAGGACUUUCCAGAUAAAACUUUCGAUAGUCAACCUGUUGAAAUAACUACUAGAAUGCUAUUAUCUCAUCUUGGAGGAAUUCGUGCAUACGAGAAAAUCCACUAUAUUUCAGAUAAAAAUGAAAAAGACAAGAAUACUGAUGAAAAUAAAAUUGAAAAAUUAAAGAAUGGAGUAACACUGAAAGUAAACUAUAAAGAGUUCCUUCUCAAAGAUCGAUUUAAUUCUGUUACCGAGGCUUUAAAAUUAUUCAAAGAUGAUCCUUUAGUUGUUAAACCAGGUACUGAAUAUCACUAUACUACUCAUGGCUGGACCUUGUUAAGUGGGGUUAUUGAAGGAGCUACUGAAGAAAAACUUUUAAAGUUAAUGGGAACGUUAUUCAAGCAACUAGGAAUGACUAACACCCAGCCAGAAUUUCAUGAAACAUUAAUUUAUAAUAGAGCUAGGUAUUAUAGGAGAAAUAAAAAGGGCAAGUUGAGAAAUGCUCCGUACGUUGACAUUUCAUAUAAAUGGGCUGGUGGUGGCUUAGUUUCUAAUGUAGCCGAUUUAGUCAAAUUUGGUAACGUCAUGUUGUAUAGUCGACAAUAUUCAACCAUAGCACAUGCUAUAAAUGAAUCUAACUAUGACAGUCAAGAUAUAACUAAGCGUUCCAUACCGAAAGGAUAUUUAAAUUCGGAUACGGUGAAAGCUAUGUGGACGCCUGCCUCAGCAACGCUUGAAAAAGUUGGUUUCAGCACUGGUUAUGGCUUAGGUUGGACUGUUGCAGAUAAUAAGAUUUGGGUCGGUUAUGGACAUGAAGAGCUUCCAUGGGUUGGCCAUUCUGGUGGAGCUGUUGGUUGUAGCAGUACUUUGGUAAUAUUACAACCGAAGGAAGUAAAUGUUAAUGAGCCAGCCCCCCAAGGAAUUGUUGUUGCAAUUUUAGUAAAUAUGGAAGCAGUAUCGUUAACGCCAACUGCUCGCAAGGUUGCUCUUGCAUUUGAAAAGAUUGAAAAGGAA